UUAUGCGUAUGCACAAGAUGUUAUUGCUAUAGUUCUUGGACGUAUUGUUUAAGAGAAAGAGAAAUUUGGAUAGAUUUAAGCCAUUUUUGUUACUGGGAUUCUGCGUAUUGGAGAGGCAUGCGCACUUGCUUCACGGACCUUGUUAGAACACUUCGGUUUAUACAAAUUAGGAUUUGGAUGGUUGGGCAGUUUUUGCCGUAUUUAGAUCGGACGUCUGCAUUUCAAACCAAUGUCCCGAGACGACUGUGGGGUUGGGUACUACUUCGAGGAUACAAUUGAACAAUGUUUUCCUUGCGAACACAUCUGCGGAAACCUCUUGCAAGCAUGCAUACUAAGGGGAUGUCAGGAAUAUUGGGAGAUAAAUAGAGGCCAAGCCAUAUCUACUGAGACGCCGUACAAGUAUGUAUCAACACUCCAACCGCUUGAUCUCAUUAUUGGACUGUCUGUAGCAGCUGUCGUCGUCACGAUUCUAAUAGGACUCAUCAUCUUCAUCAUCCACAAUAAAAAACGAUAUAUGAAACAGCACGACAAAGAGGAUGCUCGAGUAAGGUCGUUGGAGGAAGAGCUAUCCGUUGGCGGUGAUGAUGAUUCAAAUUGAUGGUUGAUGCAAGAUGUUUGAUAGACAGUUGUCUCCAUCUGGUUCACUAAAGACAAGAGAGAGGGAGAACCAUUCCAGCAGGUGAUGCCUGCGUAAACUGCUGUGGCUGUAAUAACAAUAAUUUAUAUCGAACAAAUAAUCUAAAUUUAGUGAAAAAUAAGGUCCAAUGUUGAGUCUUAUGAAAACUCAUCUAUGAUGAAAGUGUAUAAUCAAAGUGUUUGUAAAAAUUUUAAACAGCAUAAUAUUGUCUAGCUUUACCAAAGCUUUCGUGGUAAUCCAACUGAGAAUUUUUCAGGCGGUCCGUUAGUUCGAUUUUAUGAAGAAUAAACAGACGAACUUAUCCCGAUCUUAGAGGAUAGUAUCCAUGGCAACGUACGCGAAGAGGUCAAGACGAGGGUAGAAAGGUCGCAGAUACGGGAACAUCAGGUAUGCAAAGCGAGGCAGAUAAACAAAUAUGGCCGACUUGUGGACAAACACAGAAGGAAAAACGCAAGGCUUCCGAUAAAAACACCACGAUCUCGGCGGAUUAUAUCGGCAAAUGGGUAAAGAACUGUUCUCAGCGGAUUCUCAACGAUCCGAAGUUGUCUGUGAUGGCGACGGGAUUGAACUUUGCGUUGACCCAACGGGAGGUUCCUAUUUUGGGAAUCAUCACGACCACAGAAACUGCAUGUCGGAGGCUCAACGAUAGCGAUGCCAGUGAACUCGAUGGUAAGAUCAUCAAUGAGAUCGGCAAACACAAGAACAUUGAACAUAAUAUCACCUCUGAAGAGGCCAAAGCCAAACAGAGUCUACAGAAAGAUAAUUCAAUCAAGAUUCUGCCAGCCGUCAAGGGCAGGUGCACUGUAGUGUUUGACAAGAGGCGGGAACUUCGAUAAGUGUAUUACUCUCCUAAUGACACCAAAACCUAGGUGCUUAAGAGGGACCCCACUCAGAAAUACAAGAAACAAUUUGCCAGCUUUUCGAGGGAGUUAUUUGAGAAGGGUGCGAUUGAUAAGUACAUACAUCGUUAACUAGACCCCACCACUGAGACCCCACCUUAAUUUUAUGGACUUCCUAAGUUCCAUAAAAAGGAUACGACCGAUUGUGAGCAGCAUUGGAUCGAUCUCGUACAACUGUGCCAGGCAUGUGGCCGACAUUCUCUCGCCCCUGGUGGGGAACACUCCACACACUAAAAAAAACUAAAUGGUUGCAAUCAACUACAAUAUGGUCAUAUUCAACCAUAUCUAAUAGUUCGAUCAGGAACAACAAUCCAGUAGUUUUUUACUGUCAUGUUAAAACAUAACCAUAACCACAUGGUUGAUAUGUCAACUAUAUCGCAAUUUUUAAAAUCUAACCAUUUCAAAUGCAUAGGAGUGUAAGUGUAACUAAACUAGUACUUGACGUAUGAUGAUGAAUUACUAAAAUACACCAAUAUGAU